UGGGGCCGGGGCAGGGCCUGGGCCGGCUAUGGGGCCUGUGGGCUGUGGGGUAUAUAGGGCCGACUAUCGGGUAUAUAGGGCCGGCUACGGGGUCUGUAGGGCCAGUGUCGGGUGUAUGGGGCCGGAUAGAGGGUAUAUAGGGCCGGCUAUGGGGUGUAGAGGGCCAGUGUGGGGUGUAUAGGGCUGGCUGUGGGGUGUAUAGGGCCGUCUGUGGGGUGCAUAGCGCCGGCUGGGGGUGGGUGUAGGGGAGUUGUGCAGUCUAUAGGGCCGGCUAUAGGGCCUGUGGGGCCGGCCAUGUGUGUAGGGUGCACAGGGCCGGCUGUGGGGUGGCUUUGCGGCCAGGCUGACGUUUGCUGACACCCCCACUUCCACCCCAAGGUUUGCAGCCUGCGAUGGGGGGGUCUGUGGGGUGGGCUGUAGCCCCACAGCUCCCGUGGGGUGCAGGGAGCCGUGGGGCAGAGGGCACGCAGCGGGGCAGGGUCUCCAGGCACCAUGGGGCAGGGGCUCCUAGGGAUGUGGGGACCUCCCUGGGGACCCCCGCUGCUCCCCAGCCUUUGGGGCACUGCCGUGGGGCAGGCUCGCCCCAUAGCCUGACGGGGAGGGGGGUGUCCUGCUCCCCCCCACAGUCGCCGCUUCCCCUUUGACAACCGCACUGUGGGGCCGGUUCCUGCUCUCGCUGCAGCUGGGGGCAAAGCCCUGCCCCUCCCACGGGACUCCUCCGUGGGGCUGCCCACGCUGGGGGUCACCGGUGGGGUCCGUGGGGAUGAGGGUGGGCCAGGGGACCCGUCAUCCAGGACCCUGCCGUGUUCUGCUGGCUCUCAGUGGGGUGCCCCACUUUGGGGCCUGGCCGGGAGGCUGCAUGAGGGAUGGUGAAUGGGGAGUGGGGCACGGCUGUGGGGACCCCCCCUGCCUGUUUCUCCUCGCCCGAGGUGGGUGGCGGGAAGCUAAAUCGGUAGCUGGGGCUGCGGCUUGGCCGUCGUCACGUGGCGCUGGGCUAAAAAUACACCGGGGUGGCCGCCCGUGGGGCUGGGGGGUCCCGGGGUCCCCGGCCUGGGGACGGGGACAGGCUCCCGCCACUGCCACGGCCCUAAUUCUGCCGGCACGGGGGAUGCUGGCACGGCCGCGGCAGGGUGUGACCCCCCCUGGCUAAGGGGGUGCCCUCCUGGGGCGGUGGAGCCACCGCUGUGUCCCUGCUCGUGUUCUCCAUGUUCGGGGUUGGGACUGGUUUGUGUCCCCGCCCCGAACCCCGGUGCGGCUGGGGCAGAGCCAGCAUCGCGCCCCAGUGCCCCGCGGAAGGGGGGUGACGGCCGCAGGGGUGUGACGUGGGCGUUCGGGCCUCGUCGCCUGCUUCCUUCCCCUUUCCAGCCCGCCCCGCGCAGCUCUCCGGUGGCCUCCGCGGACCCCUCCUGCGGCGCCUGGAUGCCGUGAGCCAUGUCGGACGAGAAGCCCCCGCAGCUUGUGGACUACUUCGUGGUAGCCGGACUGACGGACACCUCGCGGCCGCUGGAGGAGGAGAACCAGCAGCACCGUCUGGCCCGCCCCAGCGAACCCAUCACGGACGUGGCUGUCAUCAUCCGCUCGCAGGGCGAGGAGGUGCCCCACGGCUUCACCUGCAUCGAGACCACCACCUCGGGCCACCCUGUUGACCUCAACGCCGGGCUGCUCAACAACCCCCAGAUGUUCAUAUGCUACAAGCGGGGUCGGGACAAGCCCCCCCUCAUCGAGUUGGGGGUGCACUACGAGGGCAAGGACCGCCCGAAACCGGGCUAUAAGAUCCUGGACACGACGCCCUACAGCCGCUCGGCCAACCUCAAUUCGGGGGGGCCGGGACACCAACGCACUUUCCUGACGUACCGGCGAGCGGCCGAGCCCCACGGCCACAACACGCUGGGGGUCACUGAUAUUUGCCUCAUCAUGCCCAGCAAAGGCGAGAGCACCCCUCAUACCUUCUGCCGGGUGGACAAGAACCUCAACACCAGCAUGUGGGGCCCUGCCCUGUUCCUGUGCUACAAGAUCGCCAUGGCCAAGGCCAACACGCUGGUCUACGAAGCCGGGCUGCUGGGACGUUACCCCGAGCAGGACAGCGAGUCCUUUCCCCUUCCCGAAUCGGUGCCCGUCUUCUGCCUGCCCAUGGGGGCCACCAUUGAGAGCUGGCCGGCCGACACCAAGUACCCUCUGCCCGUCUUCUCCACCUUCGUGCUGACCGGCGCCUCGGGCGACAAGGUUUACGGAGCGGCCAUCCAGUUCCACGAGGCGUUUCCCCGAGAGCGGCUGUCGGAGAAGCAGAGCCUACGCCUGGGGCUGCUGAGCGUGGUGGAUCGACGGCCCGUGGCCGGCCGCUCGCUGCAGACCCGCAAGAGCAUCUGCGUCCUCUCCCACUGGCCCUUCUUCGACGUCUUCCGCAAGUUCCUCAUGUUUAUCUACCGCUACUCCAUCUCGGGGCCCCACGUGCUGCCCCUCGAGACGCACAUCUCGCAUUUCAUGCACAACGUCCCCUUCCCGUCCCCGCAGCGGCCGCGCAUCCUGGUCCAGAUGUCCCCCUACGACAACCUGCUGCUGUGCCGGCCCGUGUCCUCCCCGCUGCCGCUCAGCGGUGCCAGCUUCCUGACGCUGCUGCAGAACCUGGGCCCCGACAACGCGGUGGCGCUGCUGGUGGCCGUGCUGACCGAACAGAAGCUGCUCAUCCACUCCCUACGCCCCGACGUCCUGACCAGCGUCGGCGAAGCCCUGGUGGCGAUGAUCUUCCCCCUGCGCUGGCAGUGCCCCUACAUCCCGCUGUGCCCGCUGGCGCUGGCUGACGUGCUGUGUGCCCCCGUGCCCUUCAUUGUAGGCAUCCACUCCAGCUACUUCGACCUCCACGAGCCCCCCAGGGACGUCAUCUUCGUCGAUCUGGACACCAACACCAUCUUCCAGAGUGAGGAACGCAAACUGCUGUCCCCGCGCUCCCUACCCCGCCGUCCCUGCAAGGUGCUGCUGGCCUCGCUCCACAGCCUCUCCCAGCAGCUGGAUGAGAUGUACAGCGGGCCGGGUGAGGAGGCGUCGCUGGAGCUGCUGCUGAGCGACGCGGAGGCGGCGCGGGGCCGGCGAGCGCAGCUGGAGCUGGAGGCGCGGGCGGCUUUCCUGCGUUUCAUGGCCUGCGUCCUGCGGGGUUACCGCUCCUUCCUGUGCCCCAUCGCCCUGGCGCCCGCCCCGGCCGGCCGCGACGCCGGCAGCCUCUUCGCCCUGCAGGGGUUCCUCAAGUCCCGGGAGCGGGCGUACCACCGGUUUUACGGGCAGCUGCUGCGCACCCAGCUCUUCACCCAGUUCAUCGAGGACUGCUCCUUCGCCAGCGACCGAGACCCCUGCCUCGAGUUUUUUGACACCUGCGUGGAUAAGGUGCAGGCGGAGCUGGAGAAGCCGGAGGACACCCCCCUGAUGGAGCUGGACGACCCGCGGGGGGGUGAGCACACGGUCUUCAUCACCCCCCCCGAGCAGCCGGCGGGUCCCGACGGCGCCGAGCUGCCUGCGCGGUACCGCUAUGAUGGGUUCCCCACCCUGCGCCCCGAGCUCCUGGAGCCCCCCCGGGACCCGCUGGUGGCCCAGCUGUGUCAGGCCAGGAGCAGUGCCCCCAGCAGCCCGGCCCCACGCAGGACCAAGCAGGAGAUGAAGGUGGCCCAGCGUGUGGCCCAGAAGUACUCCUCGGUGCCCGACAUGUGGGCCAAGUGCCUGCUGGGGCACUGCUACGGGCUCUGGUUCCUUUACCUGCCCACCCACGUCCGCGCCGCCCCCGCCAAGCUGCGGGCGCUCCAGCUGGCCUACGACGUCCUGCGCAAGAUGGAGGCUCACAAAGUGGUGCUGCCGGACGAGGUUUGUUACCGCAUCCUGAUGCAGCUCUGCGGGCAGUACGGCGAGCCGGUGCUGUCGGUGCGGGUGUUGCUGGAGAUGAAGCGUGCCGGCAUCGUGCCCAACACCAUCACCUACGGCUACUACAACAAGGCGGUGCUGGAGAGCAAGUGGCCAGCGGGGACGCAGAGCGGGCGCCUGCGCUGGGCCAAGCUCCGCAACGUGGUGCUGGGGGCGGCCCAGUUUCGGCAGCCCCUGCGGCAGCGGGAACGCCAGGCUGCCGCCGCCGCUGCCGCCACCGCCCCCCCAGGUAGGUGGGGAUGGGGAGGGGGCCGGGGGGGGGUCGCUAUCCCCCCCCUGACAGCCCCCGCGUCCCCUCCUGCAGACGGCCGAGCCCCCCCGGCGCCCCGUCCCAGCCUGCAGCGGCAGACCACCUGGGCCGGGCGCAGCCUGCGGGACCCCCCCCCAACCCCGCGGCUGGUGAAGAGCGGCAGUCUCAGCUUCCCCGGCGGCACCCAUGGUGAGGGGGGCCGGGGAGGAUUGGGGGAGCCCCCAACCACUCGGCCCCCACCUCUUCCCGCAGCCCCGGAUCCGCUGCCCCCGCGGCUGCAGGGUCCCCCCGGCUCGGCCGAUGGGAGCCUGUCAGACGUCAGCUUCGCCACGGACGAGAGCGACCGGGCGGACGAGGGGCCGGCGGGUGGCACGCCGCGACGGGGCUUGGCCGCCAAGCUGCAGCAGCUCCUGUCACCCGGCAAACGGUCCCCGCUGCGGCCGGCCGCCGGCGCCGAGCUCCCCGCCGGCCCCCGCGAUGCCGCUGACGCUGCCUGCCCGCGCAGGGGCUCCGAGCAGCGGGACGGGGAUCCCCCGCCGCGCCGCAGCCCCGCUGAAACCCUGCUGCGCCCACGGGAACGGCCCGAAUCCACCGCCUCCGAGAGCUCCGUCUCUCUGGGCAGUGAGUUGGACCUGUCGGACACGUCGGUGGGCAGCACCGGCGUUCCCAAGUCCUCCGAGCUGCCGGCUGAUGGGGCGGCCGGGCAGGAGCCGCCCGCCGUGGAGGUCCUGCUGUCCAGCUGCUCGCGGUGCCAGGGCUGCGGCGCGCUGGUGUACGACGAGGAGGUGAUGGCCGGCUGGACCUCCGACGACUCCAACCUCAACACCACCUGCCCCUUCUGCAGCCGCUCCUUCGUCCCCUUCCUCAGCAUCGAGAUCCAGGACUUCCAGCUGCCCCCCAGUGCCGCCGGGGACGGCUCCCUCCCUCCUCCCGCUGCGCAGGGACCGGUUCUCAGCGACCGCCGCCGCUGCCUGGCCCUGGACGAGGCCGAACCGGAGCUCUGCAACGGCUGCCCGGACACGGCGGUGCCGCGGCGGUCAGAGCGGGUGGCUUUCGCCUACCUGAGCCCGUUGGUGUUACGGAAGGAGUUGGAAAGUUUGGUGGAGAACGAAGGCGGCGAGUUCCUGGCGCAGCCGGAGCUUGUGGACAGUCACCCCAUCAUCUACUGGAACCUCGUCUGGUACUUCCAGCGCCUGGAGCUGCCCAGCAACCUUCCCCGCCUGCUCCUGGGCUCCCAGCACGUCGCCCUGGCCCCGCAGGCGCAGCCCCCGGACGCCCCCUGCGUGCGUGUGCGGCUGCUGUGGGACGUCCUGGCCCCCGAAGGUGACGCCUGCCCCCCGCUUUACGUCCUCUGGCGGCGUCACAGUAGCGUCCCCACCCUGCUGCGGUCCCAGCGACCCCCCGGCCACCCCUUCUCGCUGACCUUCCUGGAGGCCGUGCUGAGCCACGUGGGACUGAACGAGGUGCACAAAGCCAUCGCCCUCUUCCUCGAGACGCCGGCAGCCCCGGGCGGCCCCCAGAACCUGCAGAGGAGCAUCUACCGGGAAAUCCUCUUCCUCACGCUGGCAGCGCUGGGCAGGGACCAUGUGGACAUAGCCGCUUUCGACAAGAAAUACAAGUCGGCCUACAACAAGCUGGCGGGGAGCCUGGGCAAGGAGGAGCUGCGGCGGCGGCGGGCGCAGCCCCCCAGCUCCAAAGCCAUCGACUGUCGCAAGAGUUUUGGGGCCACCCUGGAGUGUUAGAGGUGGUCCCCCCCAGGGACAGAGGUGGGGUCCCAGCCUCAGCAGGGGGGGAAGCCCCCGCCCCAGCCCCUGCCUCACAAAGGGUUUUAUAUGUCAGUAUUAAUAUAUUUUUAUUUAUUUA